GGACUGAAGAGUCAUGCUGUCACCAUGUUUGAAGUAGGUAAAAUGCUGGAUGAGGGCUUGGAUUCUCUCUUAACAGAACUUGACAAGAUACAAAGGUCGGAUUCAGAAGGUGAAGCUCAGAGGUAUUUUGAGCACGCCUUAACCCUCCGCACUUCAGUCACAUUCCUCCGUCACAAUCGGGACUUAUGUGCACCCGGUCAGGAAGUUCCCCAUGCCUUAGACUUGAUCCGCUGGGAAAGCCUUAGUAACUUAGAUCCAGCCACAACAGCAAGACUUUUGAAGAAAAAUUACCAGUUUUUGGUAUCAAUGGCCCCAUUAAGUUAUGAAAUCUCAGCGAUAGAUGGUGAAACUCCCCCUCACUUUGGUCCAGCGAUCCCAGAAGUAAAUUCUACAUGGUUUAAGUUGUUUCUUUACCAUGUAACUGGUUCAGGUCCUCCGUCAUUGCUUUUGCCAAAAGGUGAACGUUUACGCAGAUUACCAGAAUGUCUAGUAGGAUUUGAGAAGGUUUUAGUUACACCUUGGGGUCAUGACCCUACUGUUGUUCCACUUGCAGCAUUGUUCACCACAGUGAAUGAAGCACUCAUGCAUUCUCCAGUUUUUAUUCAGGCAUAUGGGUGGUAUCAUGAUGUUUGUAUACAGCAUAUUCCAUUUCCACUUGAUAGUUCUAAAAAAACAAACCAUCCAGCAGUCCAAGUUCUUUCUCAACAUCUUGAUCUUCAGCAUACAUUUGGCUUCAUUAAACUUGUUGCUUUCCCUGGAGCUGAUACACCUGGAGUGUCUAGCUUCAGCACAAGUGAAAUCACCACUGGAAUGCCUCAAGGAGCCACAUCCUCAAGCAAAUCGUAUGUUCCAGAAGUUUCUGAUGAUAAUCCAGGCACAUUUGAUAGUUCAUCAGGAAAUGAAACAGGAACUGAAAAACUUGCUGUUGACGAAGCUUCUGGUGAUUCAUCUUCCAUCCCACAAGUAGUGAGCUUUGAUGAUGUCUCUAGUAUUGUGUUAGAGAAAUCAGAGGGACAGCCUUCUCAAAGAGACAAUAUGACAUUGCAAUUUGGGGCCCCUCUUGUAGAACAGUGGCACUUGCUGGAAUGCCAUUUUGGCUUGCCGCUGUUUGAUGCUUCUCUUAAUGAAGAGGUAUCUCAUAAGAUCAUCUCGCAUAAACUGUUUAGUCCUGAUAGUGUCCAAAAAUUCAACGAGUCCAACCAGAUUCUCAUCCAGAAGUUGCGAGAAUUCAUCAGUGCAAAUAAGGCUCAAGGUAUCUGUCCAGAAGUUCAACAGAGAGGUAGUUGUCGCGAAGGAGCAUCAAGUCUGCCAUUGCCUACUGUACCACUCCUAUUUUCAGCAGGAAAUUUGGCUCCAUGGGAAGGUACCUGAUAAUAUUUUGUAAAAUAGUAAGUUUAAAGGGGGAGAUGUAUAGCUCUGCUGAUAUGUAUAUAUGCAAGAAACAAUAUUUGAUUUAUCUUUAUUGUAUUGUUAAGGUUAUAUUCCAUAUAAGAUAGGCUGUGUAGUUAGUAUUUCCAAACAAAUAUUCAUUUAUUUAAGAGUUUCAAGGAUGUCCAAAGAGAUAUUAUUUUUUAUUUAGUUUACAUUCCAGGGUGAAAGUAUUUAGGAACUGGCAAUUUACUGGAAUUGAACAUUCUGGGUCAAGAUGUUGGUUCCACUUAUAAUAUGGUCAGUGCUAAUUGAUUAAAAAGAUAAUAGUUUCACAACAAACCAGUUACUUAUAAUUUGACCACAUUUAUAUCUUCAGAUUACCUGGAUGCUACAAUCCUUUUAAAAUAAAGAAUGCAGUCAUCAUUGCACAUUUGCAGGUGGAUCCUCUGGUCCCUAACAGCUUGGUUUGUUUUUAUACCAGUUCUGCCAUAAAAGUUUUUAAUGUUCUAUAUUCUUUCUAUUUACAUACAUUAUGAUAUUCUCAUCAACAAAGACACUCCAGGGGCAUUGCCCAUGUGUUUCUCUUAAUAGAUUUGUAUUGUUCCCUGCUAUGAUUGAAGUGAUUGACAUAUACAAAUUUUUCUACCCACAGCAUUCCCUGUAAGAUGUGAAGUAGAAAGGGGACUUUGUAUCGCAGAUGAUUUCAAUUGCUAAUGACUUAAGAGUUGCUUUUGCAUGUCAGGGUUUCUGUAUCAAGUACAACUUGGAAGAUAUAGAUGUUGGUGCUUAGAUCAGUUCCCAGUUGCUUUUAAGUGGAUCCCUGUGGCCCAAGUCAGCAAGUCUGGGUUUUUAUGUGCAGCUUCAUAUUUCCAACUUGAAUUGGGAUGCAGACUGAUUAUAAUUAAUAAUUGUGAUGAAAUAAGAAUUCAUUUUUUUUAAACAUAAUUAAUUUUCUCAUACAAACUCAUUAUUAAUUAUAAUCCAAGGUAAUCCAACUUCCUGUCUCACAAACAAGCUUUUCUCACUGGUGUAUGAAUUCUGGCUGUGUUAGGGACCUGAGGACCCACCCAUGCAUGCACAAUGAUGAGAGAGACUGCAACAUCCAUACAGCUUGAAGACUGACUACAAGUGUGGGAUCAUUGUAAGGAAUGCAUUUCAUGAAAGAAUUAUUACUGUUAAAAAUUGACAUGCCUAUCUGAAAGAUUUUCAGUUGAUGAGAAUAAGGAUAUGUGGUUUAUGGCUUGGUCAGCACUGCACAUAUCAAUGUUUUCUUGAAAACUGUGUAGCCAUUUAUCCUCUUCAUGUCAAUAAAACUAUAUUUUUAAAUUUUAGAUACAGUACAAUAUAAAGAUAUUUACUUGUAAAAUUUUCAAAUGUUUCUGCUGUUGACAUUGCAUCAUAAUUAAAUACAGUUCUUUAAAGAAAUUUUAUUGUAAAUAAUUCUGUGAAUUCUUUUAGCAUAAAUUCUUUACUGAAUUAUAGGUGGGUGUGAAUUUGAUUAUAUUUUUUCUUAAGGAGUCGGGUUUGAAAUAUGAUUUAUGGUGCAUAUUUAUUAAAAUUCAAAGUGUUGGGUUCCUAAAGACUAUCUCAAUAUUUUUUUUUUUAUCAUUUACUUGUCUUUAUUUCAAAAGAUCCACUUGCACAUUAACCUCACAGUAAUAAUAAGCAAAAAAGUUUGGUUCAUUAGUGAGGUGCUAUUUUUGAUAUACUAAUUAAUGCUUAAACUGGUGAUGUUUUUUACAUGAAAAUGAUUCUGUUUCAAUUUUAUGGUCACUGUGGAUGAUCAAACAGUAUUUACAAAUUGUGAUGAUCAGUUUUUGCAAAAGUUUGAUAUUUGCGAAGGACUACCUAUUUUUUAUUUUUACUGUGCUGGAAGGUGGGUGCUUAAAUUGAAGCUUAUAUCAUGCUAGUUGGUGAUAAAUGCAGUACAGAAUCUUACUACAAAUCAUACUGGUUUGUUAUUAGAUUUACAUCAUAUGUCUGGAGCUUCAUUAAAAGCAUUAGAAUCAUAUCUAUUUAGUAUGUAGUAUUUCAGACCAUCAAACUCUGAAUACUGUUUUGGCUUCAACAUUGCAUUGUGAAUUUUUUUAGCAUUGUGUUACAUUGUUGAAUGGAAGAAUUACAAUUCUGUAAUAUAAUGAAUAAUCACCAGCAACUCGGAAGGUAGCUGUGUCAUGACUGGUGUAAAUUGCUGUUGCAGGUACUGUAGUUCUCAGCAUAAUUAUUUUUACUUUAGAAAAAUGUUAGAACUUAGAGGCAAAUUCUUCCAAGCAGUGGUUUUAACUGAUGAGCUCCUUUCAAAUACUGAGGGUCAUAAAAAAAUCCUUUAAUGUAAAGGAGUUUAUUUUUGUUGCUCAUGGGUAACAAGGAAAGCGAUCAAAAUUAUCAUUGUAUGUUUUUCAUGAGGGUUUUCAUUAAUAAGUGUGAUUUACUCUAGGCCAAGAAGUUUUAGGAUUUGAAUUGUAAUACCUGUUCUUUCUCAUAGUGCUUGUAAUUAUAUCUUCUUACCCAUGCAUAUAUUGAUAAUAGGAAAUAGAGGAAGUGGUUGAACUAAGAUUGUUCUCAUAAAGCCUUUAGUUACGCAAGUUGCUCUGUAUUUAGUAAGACCGCAAUUUGGAAUAAUUCAGAUUUAUUGCGAAAGUUGUAGCUUUAGUGAAGUCCUUAUGAGUUCAGUUUUUCAACAGUCAUUCAUAUCAUAUGUGUUUCUCAUUUGUUAAUCAGACAGGUUUAAAAGACCAUGCCAUUUACUUAACAAUAUUCUUUUGUGUCUUAUUCAAAGGUAAAAUAUUUUCAGUCCCUGUCCAUUGUAGUGUUGCAAAUCACAUAAACAAAAAUAAUUUAAUAAUGAAUACUAAUAUUGGUCAACAUAUUAGUGUAUGUUUCUCAAUAUUUUGUGUUGUGGAAACUUUUCCUUUAGAUUAUCAAAACAUUCCAUAUGCUGUGGUUGCAGUUCAUUCAACCAGUUCAGUUAUUAAUAGCCAAGCGUUUACAUUCUUAGCAAAACUGAAUCUCUAGUAUACUAUUAUCAACAAAUAGUUUAAGCCAACCACUGAGAUAACAUUUUUAGCUUUCAUAGGCUGAUAAAGAUGUAAAUUAUUGGGUAGCAGGUUUGGUAGGUAGGUGAUUUUUUAAUUACUUAUA